AUUUUGCUCACGACGCCAGCAUGUCUAAAAACAUGUGUACUACUCUUCCGCGUCGGGCCCUGUUCUUUUUCUCCGUACCCGGCUCGCACGUGCCACUAGGAGCUCUCGGCGCGCGGGGACCCUGGCCGAGUGGCGCGGCGGCCCCCGACUGGGCAGCGGAGGUGGAGCGCGACCGGGGCCAGCGGGCCUUCGAGGCGAGGCUCUACUCGGCGCUCCUGUUCUUCAUCUCGGGGCCCGCCGCCCACAGGUGUCCGAAGGCGUCCGCCAGAGCCUGUACUGCAGGCUGGGCCGGCGUGCGGAGGCGGCCCCGCCGGCGUGCGUGGCGCCCCUGGCCGGCGCGGCCAUCGCCUGCCACGCCGCGGUGACGGGCCAGCCUGCUCUGCAUCGGCCGCUUCGCGUGGCGCGUCGGCGCCGAGCCGGAGAGCGUGGGGGCGGCGCAGUUUGAGGAGAUGCUGAGGAUCGACCUGAGGCCGUGGCGCGACUUCAGCACGAGGGUCCUGCUCUCGGCGGGCGUGGUGUUCCUGGUCGCCGGGCCAGCUUGCGCGGGGCUCGCCAAGUACGCCCUGCAGUUCCUGUGCGGCGCCCUCCUCCUGCUGUACGGCACGCUCAUGUUCGCCGCCGACUUCGAGGGUCGCAUGCCAUCGCGGCUGGGCCACUACCUGUGCGUGUACUUCCUGGUGUUGCUCACGGUGUUCGUGUACAUGGCGGGCGCCGUCGGGUCGCCGGAGGACGCAGAACCCGGCGCGACGCCCCGCGCCGCGCCGCGCGAGCCCUUCGCCCCGGACGAGGCGUGCAGCGACGGCGGCUGGGAGCUGGCGCCCGCCAGCUGCGCGGUGCCCCUGGACCUGGCGGCGGGCACCACGCUGUGGUGGGCUGCCUCGCCGCUGUUGACCAGCCCGCUCGGCGUGUGCGCGCUUGCGGCCCGCGGGUGGCCGCGGCGGCUGCUGCAGCGCUGCAGGCGGCGGGUGGACUGGGCGCUGGCGGCCGUGCUGUCGGCGCUGCUGCUGUGCCUGCAGGGGCCGUGCUCGCGGCGCGCCCCGGCGGCGCUGCGGGGCGCGGAGCUGGCGCUGUGCGCGGCGCUGCUGGUGGCCCUGCUGCGCUGGGCGGCGCCCGGCGCGUGCGACGCGUGGCGGGGCCCCGUGGAGCACCUGCCCCUGGUCGGCGCACCCGGCCCAGCCAUGCAGCAGUGCGCGGUGUGCCUCCAGGCCCUCCGGAGGGAGCAGGGCGUGUGCCGCACGCGAUGCCAUCACCUCAGGUUCCACGCCGACUGCCUCGAGGCCUGGGCCGAGGCCCAGCGCGGGCGCGCCCCGGAGUGCCCGCUGUGCAGGGAGCCCCUGCGGCCACCCAGCCCGCGGCACCGGUGCUGCCCGCUGGGGCGCUGAGGUUGCAGCAUGUUGCCGAGGGAGUUCGAAGCCACACAAACCCGCUGGGAGAGCACAAGAUCCCGCCCACCGCAACCUCGGCCGACCCUCUCCAUCUGCCAACGGGUCUGGAGGCAGGCGUUCGAGCAGUGGAUGAGAGUGGAGUUUGUGUUCUCGCGAUGAAGAUCGUAGUUUGCAGCCCGCUUGGUGCUCCCACGAGUGAGCGACCGGAAGACAUCAGCCGUGAGCUGAAGGACUCGGACAUCAUAGCGUUCAGCGGGACGCAGACCUGGAGAGGAUUCGAGGGAUUUGUGCCUCCCGCGCUGGGGGCCGUGGACACGCGAAAAUACGUGCCCCGCGCGCACGCGCUUGGCGCCUGGUGGGUCUCCUUCCUCCGCGCACGUACUUUGUUUGUGGGGCCGUGGGCACGUGAAAGCAUGUGCCCCGCGCGCACGCGUCAGGCGCAUAAUGGGUCCCCCCUCCUCUCCGGCGGGCUAAGUCGAAUCCUUCGCCAGGGGCCGUGGACACGUGAAAGUACAUCCCCCGCGUGCGCGCUCCAGGCGCAUGCUGGCCCCCCC